GCGUCGUUGGGAUAAAGGCGGUGAGACGCACACGGCGCAGAGGACACGGCUGCUGUCACAUGCUGCGCAGGCUAGGACCUUCACCGACUGGCUAAACAACUACUUAAAAACAAGAAAUGUGUUUUCUUAUGGUGGUAAUUUCGCUUGUAUCGUGAGUACAGUGUAUUUGGAAGCGAAAGUUUGGCUAAUUUCGUUGCUUGGCUCGUUGUUCGGCCGUGCGUUUUGGAGUUACCGAGGAGACGCCAUACGGUAGAGGGAAGGCUGACGUGACUAAGGCUUAAAAAAACAAGAAAGUAACGACUUUUGGGAGUAACUGACAAAAAAAGACGAUAUUUCGGGGACAAUGGUCACAACUCAGGGCACCAGUCUGAACCCGAACGCCCAGGUUUGGCAGGAGGUCCCCGUCCUUCAGACCGACGCUCUGGAGGUCACUGAGGACUCAGCCUGGAUCAGCACCUACCCCCCUCCCAUCGACUUUGUUGAAGAUUAUUCCGAGUUUCCUUCUCCGGAUGGAAAGGACUUUGGUUUGGUGUAUCCCGAUGGCUCGGACUACGGCUCUGAUUAUGACCCCGCUGCCCCAGAGGUGAUGGGGGGCACGUGCGAUUACCCUGAUCUGGCGUAUCUGGUGUUUGAGCCUCCGUACAACGGGACAGUAGAGGAGGAAGUGAUGGCUGACAAAACUCUGUCUGAAGAAAACCUCAGGGAGUCUCUGAAGAAGCAACUCGAGUUCUACUUCUCCAGGGAAAACUUGUCCAAGGACCUGUAUCUGAUUUCCCAAAUGGACAGUGAUCAGUUUGUGCCGAUCUGGACCAUCGCCUGUAUGGAGGACAUCAAGUCUCUGACCUCUGACCUGGAACUCAUUGUUGAUGUUUUGAAAACGUCUCCUUUGGUCCAAGUUGAUGAGUCUGGUGAGAAAGUCCGACCCAAUUACAGCCGCUGUAUAAUUAUCCUGAGGGAGGUACCCGAGACCACACCCGUUGAGGAAGUUGAAGCACUUUUUAACAAUGAAAACUGCCCGAAGACGUUGAGUGCCGAGUUUGCACACAAUAGCAACUGGUACAUCACCUUCCAGUCUGACAACGAUGCGCUGCAGGCUUUGAAAUACCUGAGGGAAGAAGUCAAAAUCUUUCAAGGGAAACCGAUUAUGGCUCGUAUCAAAGCCAUCAACACAUUUUUCGGUAAAAGUGGAUUUCACAGCGUGGACUCGAGUGUGUUCUCUCAGCCUGCUCCUCCUCCUCAGACUCCGCAGCCGUUCGGGAGCCCAGUCUACAUCGACAUGCAGCAGGUUUACAGCCCGCAGCCGCAGUACCCUGUCUAUCCUGUGGUGUCGCCUUCCUGGAGCCCCACACCUGUGCCCUACUUCGAGACGCCUCUGGCCCCUUUUCAAAACAGUGGAUACAUGAACGGAUACAGAGGCUCAGGAAACUACAAGGGAAACUCGCUGUCUGUGAACGGCCAUGGCCCCAGAAGCAGAAACCAGGGUUACGCAGGGUCCGGUUGCCUCAUGGAUGUCGCUCCUCAGGCUCAAAUAUCCGGAGCUCCCAUCCGACCCCCCUCAGAUGCCCUGUCCCCGACCUCAUUCCACCCCAAGGACAGCUCUCUACUGCCCCCUGUGCACAAUGGAGAUGGGCGACCCAGGAGACCGAACCAUAGAGGAAUGAGGAGGAAAAAAGAAGAUGAUGUGAACGCUAAACCACAUCCCACAGCUGAGGUCAAACCGCCCCCUCCGAACUUUGACCUGGCUGCAUGCAAUUUCCCUCCUCUUCCAGGAAGUGUGGUGACAGCGAAGGAGGAAACUGCUCUGGACGUGUGCAUGGCUGAUGUGGUGCGCGGCCUCAAAGUGUCUGAUAAGACGGGGAGUCAGGAAUUUAAAGAGUCUAAACCUACAGAUCAACCAGAUGAUGUUCAGAGCAAACCUGUGUCUCCUUCACUUCCUACGCCAGAAGUAGAACCAGCAACCUCAUGUAGCUCUUCUGAGUCACAUAAAGAUGACACUGAAGUGGACACUCAGGUUUCAAACUUGCUGUCGGAGACUUCGGUUUCAGAAGAACCUCAGACCACAACCAGCCAAUCAGCAACUACUGUGUCAGCCCCCAGCGCCCCCUCCCCCACCUCUGAACCCGAGCCCAAAAAGUUGAGCUACGCCGAGGUCUGCCAGAGACUCGCCAAAGACCCUCCAUCCAUCCAACCGUCUCCCCCCUAUCCUUCCUCUCCUCCAUCUCCCCCCGCACCUCAGCCCAACCAGCCCCUGCAGGAACUCAAAGUGAACAGGGUACAAGAACCAAGGAAUCACCCAAACAAACACAACUCUGAAAAACCCAGAAACCACCAGCACCCGCGCCAUUUCAGAGGUUCCCAUGACGCAGACAGACCAGCACCCAAGAACCGCGACAGACCCAGGAACUUCAACAAAUCGUUCUCUGCACAGCGAGGAUCUAAACGCAGCGGGAAGGAGCAGAACAUCCCUCCAUCACCAAAGUAGACUCUUGAAAUGAAAUUAUAUGUAAAAAAUAAUAAUAAUAAUAUUUGUACAUAAUUGUAAAUAAGGAGAUAUAUUUUCGAGGACAGCUUUUCCAGUUGUUGUUCCCAUGUGUAGAUUAUUAACGGGCAGGCUGCCUUGUCCAUUAUAGAUUUUAAUUGGAAUUUACUGCGGUUUUGAAGUGAAAAUAUGGAUUAUUUUGUGUCAAAGUGCACAUUUUUAGACAUUUAUGAAGUCAUGAAACGUCUAGGUCUACUGAAAUCAUGAGCUUGAGUGUUCUAUGUUUUGAAAGAGGAAUAUAAUGUUGGCUAAAUGAGAGAAUUGUUUAUUUCAGUCAAAAUGAACCGAACUGUGUCUAAAUACUUUAAACAAAGUAAUUUCUUGUUGAUAAUUUAACUAUCAAAUUGUUGUUCUUUCUCUCAUAAGUUCCUUUUGUAAUCGAUUCUGACCUUGACUGUAAAGACUAUAGUUAUUCUAAGAUGUUUUACUAGUUUAACCUUGUCUUGUAAGUCCAGAAUAUUUGUAUUUUAUUAUACAGAGGGAUAUCAGUCUGGUACCUGCCCUUUUCGUUGCGGCUCAAGCCAGAACCAAACAUGAUCGUUUCACAUGCGUCACUGGAAAAACAAAUCCGAUUGGACGAAGGAGCUCACGUACGAUUUACAAACAUGAUUUUUACAUUGUCUCCUCUCCACAGAUCUAACCUGUAACUUGCUUGUCUCCAUGUAGAUGCAAGUUAAAAUGGGACACUAUGCACUAAGUAGGUGGGUUCUGACGCCUUGUGUUCUCCAUGGAGAUAUUAAAUGUUUCAGGGAAUAGCAUGAAAUGUGGAAAUUUCCAUGGAGACGAGGCUUUUCUCCGCGGCUUUGCUCAUUGAUUCUGCAGAAAUCCACCAUGUUUUUCAGCUCACUUGUGAGGUAUAUAGUUGGUUGGGGUUUUUUUUUUUUUUGUUGUUUUUUCCUCAAUGUGGAUGGAUCCUGCAUGUCCCUGAUUGGCUAACCCACCUGUCAAUGAAGCCCAUUUGAAAAUGGGCUGUUCUAGCAAUGACCAGACUUUUAUAAAGAACUAAAUAAAUAUGUUCUGGAUCCAGGGCAAAGUUUAAUCUGUAGCAUAAUAUUUGACUUUUAUCUUCAUUCAUUGAGAUAAAAUCUAUGUAAUUAUGUUUUGUGUGGUUAUAAAAAGGUUAUACAGUUUCAUGUAGUUGGGUUUGUUAUCGUCUUUAAACUUGUAACUUAUGUUAAAGUCUGAAAUGUUUUUACUCCUUGAUAGAUAUAUAUAUAUAUAUAUAUAUGGGCUCUUGUACUACGUUUAGUCAAAUUGAGUAUAGCUUUGGAUAUAUUUGUCAUAGUUUGAAUAACGACGCACUUAUAUGAAGCAUAGAAAUUAUAUCUGAAAAUGUUGAUUACUGAAUUGUCUGGGAUUGUGUCACUGUAGCGUUUGUUUUAAUCUUUACAGUUCUAUUUGUAGUGUUUUUUUUUCUCUUAAUUUCCAUAGUUACUAGAUAAUUUCACUGUAUUAUGGAGAAUUAUGCCUCAAAUUAAGCUGUGCCUUCACCUGUAUAACAUGGUUUUUGGAUCUCUUUGGGCAUGAUUAGACUGAUGCAUUGUGUGGAUGAUUUUUAAUUAAAUGUCUGUGUGUGUA